AUGCCUCGCACGGACGAGUCUGCGGUCGCGAGGAACGCUGUGCAGGAAAUCACGUCGCCGCUGCAAGAGCUAGAGGCGAAGUACGAAGCGGUGCUGGCGGAGAACGAGGACCUCAGCCACCAGCUCAGGCUGGAGCAGCUGCAGCGUCAGCGCUAUGAAAAGGCAUACCGUCGGGUGCAGGAAGAUGUGCAGAGCGACUGA